AUGAGUAACAGAGCAGCACAAGCUUGCGACGGAUGCAGGGUGCGAAAGGUGAAAUGCAAUAGCACGCAGCCGUGCUCUCAGUGCUCGCAUCUGGGCCUCGGGUGCAUCUACUCGCCGUCGACCAAGCGCAAGCCCAGCGUGCGCAACCGGCUGGUCACGCAGCUCCGCAACAAGUCCAACAUAGCGGCCUCGGGCCAUGGCCUGAACAUUGCCGCUUCGCCGUCUGACUAUCCCGAGAGGCCGGGCCCAUCGGUCACGUCCAUCGCCGGCAUCGUGAACCCGGAUCAAGAUGGUGUGGCCUCUGCCGGCAUUGCUGCUAUAGCCAUUGCUGCUGCUGGUGCUGCUGGCAAUGGUGGGUAUGCGUUGGGCACUGGUAUGGGUGUUGGAGCUGGUGUUGGUGUUGGUGCAGAGACGCCGCCUCCUCCUCCGGCAUGGGACGCCCGCACCUUUACCACGGGCUUCUUCAUCGGCAUGCUGGCCAAGUACGAGGAGCAGGUGUAUCCUGCCAGCCCCAUCAUCACCAGCUACGAGGUCCGCCAGUCCAUUGGCAGCAUGCACGCCGACCUCGACGACGCCGCCUUUGUCUAUGCGGUGGGAGCAGUGACCAUCCAUCUGACGACGCCCACGGUGCAGGGCGAGGCCGGUGCCAAGAUGACGGAGCUGAUCCGACUGAGUCUCAGUGCGUACAGGCGGGCACAGGCGGUGGUUGACGACGUCCACAAUGCCCGGCCGAUGGACGUGCGGACCACGUUCCGCCGCAUCAUGACGUGCGUCUUCCUGGCCGUGGCCAUGAUGGCCUUUGGCCGCCUCGACCGCUGCUUCGCCAUGCUGCGCGAGGCCCUGACGAUGGUGCAGAUGAUCCAGGUCCAGCAGUGCUCGCACAGCGCCGUGCCCCUGGAGCCGCGCGACGUGCCCAAGUUCCACCGGAUAUACUGGCAGGUCUUCAUCCACGAGCGCUUCCUGACGAUCCUCGCCGGCUAUCCAAGCAUCAUGACGCCGCUGCCCACGGGCCUGCCAGCGCGGGACCCGGCCAUCCCCGCCCACAUCGACGUUGGCUUCAACCGUCUGAUCCGCCUGUUCCAGCUCCUGGACGGGCCUCUGCUGCUGUACUGGAGCGCCCAGCAGAACCCGGCGCAGCCCGUGGCUGGCGUGACCCUUCAGUGGAUCGAGGGCAAGCAGGCCCAGCUGGAUCAAGACGAGGCCGGCGCGUCAGAGGCCGAGCAGGGCCUGAUUGACAGCGGCCGGGGCACCUUUACGGAGCUGCAGCACGUCGAUCUGCUGGUGACCCGGCUCUGGAUGCGCUCGCUGCUUUGGCAGUACGGCUUGAUGCACCGGCUCUUCCGCUCGGCGCCGCAGCGCGAGGACCUAGCCAUCCAUCUGCAGGUAUAUCGGCUCUCCGCGCAGCUGCGGAGCCUGGUGAGCCAGCUCGAGAGCAUCUCCACCGUCGUCACAUACAGCAUCGGCCUGGUGCACAAGGUCUUUGAAAUCACCAGCACCAUGGCGGACGUGCUGGCGCUGCCGCUCAGCUAUGGCCAGACCGAAGAAGACGUGAGGCGGCGUAUACACGAUUUUGUCUUUCUGGUGCGUUUCCUGUUUAGUUUCGAGCGAGCGGAGCGGGAGCAGCGAGAUUAUCUGCGAGAGAGACUGGACGGGCUUCAGCAGCAGUACACCAUUGUCAACUUUGCUGAUAUGGUUGGGUUGAAUCCAAUGGUACACGGAGCAUACCACUGA